GUCGGCCGUCAUCGGCAAGUACCUCAACUCGACGGCGACGGCGUUCUUCGCGCUCUGGGUCUGGGUCGGCUUCGGCACGAUCUUCGGCAUGGUUUCCCAGAAGUGGACCUUCGUGCGGAGCGUCUACUUCUCCGUCGCGGCGAUGUCGACGGCGGGGCUGCAGGCGCCGAACACGCUCGGCGACGGCGACAUGGACGACUCCGUGGCCUGGUUCGUGUCCAUCUUCUGCGUCUUCGGCAUCCCCAUCUUCGGCGUCGCCGUCGGGUCCGGGGCGAACCUCGUCCUCGGCUACAUCCUCGAGGCGAAGCCCAUCAAGCAGGUGCCGCUCACAAAGGACGACUUCGACAACGUCAAGGACCUCAUCGCGUCGGACCACGUGCUCGACUUCGGCGAGUUCGUCAUCCUCGAGCUCAUCCGCCAGGGCAACGUCGACAUGGAGACCGUCGAGGGCCUCCGCGACGCGUUCGAGAAGAUCGACGUCAACGGCGACGGCACGCUGGACCGCGCGGAGGUGCACCGCUACCACAAGGCGACGACGCUCCGCUACCGCUACGCGGCCUACCUCGCGAAGUCGCGGGGGCUCAGCCGGACCUUCGCGCUCGAGUCCGCGCUCGAGCUCGACAUCGAGUACCUCGUCUUGAAGGCGAAGAAGCUCGGCUGGCUCGUGCCGGUGCCGGCCGCCGAGGACAAGCCCUUCGAGGUCCUCAUCGACGCGCUCGACUCGCCGGACAAGCCGGACAAGCCGGACAAGCCGGCCUCGCCCGCGAGCCGCGUCACGCCCCAGGACAACGCGCGCGAGAUGCUCUCCUCGUGGUUCCGCGGCGGCGGCGCGCGGCGCGCCUUCGCGACGCACAGCGGCGCGGACGACGCCGCCGUCGCCCAGUUCCGGCUCAAGUACGCCGUCACGGCGCUGCGGGAGCGAGUGGUCACGGAAUUCCAAACCUUGGAGGUCUACGCGACUUCUGACGUGGGCAACCUGCUCGUCAUCGACGGCGAUGCGCAGUUGAGCGAGGCCGACGAGGCGCACUACCACGAGAUGCUGGCCCACGUCGCCGUCGCGGCCGCGGCGUCGCGCGCGCCGGACGCCGAGCUCGACGCGCUCGUCGUCGGCGGCGGCGACCUCGGCUGCGCGCGCGAGCUGCUGCGCCACGAUCGCGUUUCGAGCGUCACCGUCGUCGACAUCGAUGCGCAGGUCGGCGCGAUCUGCGACCGCUGGUUCGCGACGCUCGGCCCGAAAGCCGUGCGAGGCGACGGCCGCCUCGAGGUCGUCGUCGGCGACGGAUGCCGCUGGCUCGAAGCGGCCGGGGCGCGGCGCUUCGACGUCAUCAUCGUCGACGCCACGGACCAGGACGACGGCGAGGCGACGACCGCGAGCCACCCGCUCUACACGCGGCGCUUCAACGAGCUCGGACGCGACGCGCUGACCAACGACGGCGUCUUCGUCCGCAACUUCACGUCGCUCGCGCCCUACCCGCUGGACCACGCGCGGCGCAACGCCGCGGCCGUCUGCGACGCCUUCGACAAGGUCCGGCCCUUUUGCUGGUUCCAGCCCUGCUUCAGGUCCGGCCACUACUCCGCCCUCCUCUGCGCGCGGCGCUGGGGCGACGUCGUCGAGGACACGCGCUGGGCCGCGCCGCCGGGCGCCUGCGCCUACUACUCGCCGGAGGUCGCCAAGGCCGCAUUCGUGCUGCCGCCGGGCGUCCGCGCGAGGCUCGGCGCGCUCGAGCCGCGCAUCGAAGGCGCGCUGCCGCUGCGCGCGUCCAUCGUCGCGCCGGGCGACGUCCGGCCCGAGCUGCUGCGGGCGGCGUCGGCGGCGGGGUAA